AUGCCGCCCGCGCCGCCGCUCCCGUGGCGCCUCCUGCUCCCGCUCGCCGCCUUCGUCUCCGUCCCGUUCCUCCUCCCGCUCACCCUCCCCCUCCUCCUCCUGCUCCGCCCCUCCGCCACCUCCCCGCACGCUCUCUCCUCCCACCGCCUCUCCUGGCUCCCCUCCAUUCGCGUCUCACACCCGUCACCACCACCACCUCCACGGACGGCGAGAACGCCACCACCUCCGCCACAGGCUACCUCGUCACCUUCUUCACCACCACCACCGCCCCCGCCGACGGCGUCACCUCUCCUACCGUCCACGCCACCGCCGCCGCUGAAACAGACGGCGUCACCGCCGCCGCCGCCCAAGGCAGCCGGCGGGGAUACAUCUGAAGAACGGUGCGACAUCUACGACGGGACGUGGGUCAGGGACGACGACGAGGAGCCGACGCGGCCGCUGUACGCGCCGGGAGCGUGCCCGUACGUGGACGAGGCGUACGCGUGCGCGUCCAACGGGCGGCAGGACGCCGGGUACACGCGGUGGCGCUGGGCGCCGCGCCGGUGCCUGCUGCCCAGGUUCAACGCGACGGACCUCCUGUGGAGGCUGCGCGGGCGGCGGCUGAUGCUGGUGGGCGACUCCAUGAAUCGGAACCAGUUCGAGUCCAUGCUCUGCAUCCUCCGCGCCGCGCUCCCCGACAAGUCGAGGAUGUUCGAGACCCACGGGUACCGGAUCUCCAAGGGCCGCGGCUACUUCGUCUUCAGGUUCCCGGAUUUUGACUGCACGGUGGAGUUCGUGCGGUCGCAUUUCCUGGUCCGGGAAGGGGUGCGGGUGAACCGGCAGGGGAGCUCCAACCCGACCCUCCAGAUCGACCGCAUCGACAAGACGGCCGGCCGGUGGAAGAAGGCCGACGUCCUCGUCUUCAACACCGGCCACUGGUGGACGCACGGCAAGACGGCCAGGGGCACGAACUACUACAAGGAAGGCGACACGCUGUACCCGCAGUUCGACUCGACGGAAGCCUACCGGCGAGCCCUCCAGACAUGGGCGCGGUGGGUGGACAAGAACAUGGACCCCGACAAGAGCGUCGUCUUCUACCGGGGGUACUCCACGGCGCAUUUCAGGGGCGGGGAGUGGGACUCGGGCGGCUCGUGCAGCGGCGAGACGGAGCCGGCGUUCAGGGGGGCGGUGGUGGACAGCUACCCGGAGAAGAUGCGGAUCGUGGACGAGGUAGUGGCGCGGAUGCGGUUCCCGGUGCGGCUGCUCAACGUCACCAGGCUCACCAGCUUCCGCAAGGACGGCCACCCGUCGCUCUACGGCAUGGCGCCGGACAAGAGGAGGAAGGUGUCAAAGAGGAAGCAGGACUGCAGCCACUGGUGCCUCCCCGGCGUGCCGGACGCCUGGAACGAGCUCAUCUACGCCUCCCUCGUCUUGGAGCCCAACCCCAGCUCAUGGAACAAAUCAUAUACAUAGACUCACACAUGAGACAACAUAAGAUAGAGCAGGAUUAUUAUUUUAUUUUUACCCGAAACUGUUGGGAUUUCUUCCCACAGUAACUGAAGAUAGGUUGUAAAUUGUCUAAAGAAAAUGAUCUUCUC